CAUCACAGAUCGUGUGCCGCGUGUGCGACUUCCAAUUUUUCCAGUCUGAUUUGUGCGUGAAAAAGCCGUGAAAAUCCGUGAAAACUUCAUGAAAUAAUUGUACACUAUCGAAAUGAGUAAAUUCCGUUCGAAACUAAAGAAGAAAGUGGGAGGCAAACGGUGGUCCCGCGGUCAUGCAUCGACUUCCAAUCCGGAAACGAACAAACACCGGGCCAAGGCAAAGAGUCGUUUCUUCCAGGCGAACUUAAGUUUGGCCCCGGCGCAGCAGUCGGAUGGUUCGCAGGCCAGCAAGUUGACGCUGGAAGCGGUGCUGAAACAUGAAGCCAUCCAGUCGUAUAGCGGUGGAAGGGGUGCGACAAAGAAGGUGGAUCCGACGGUGAAUGAAAUUGCAGCGAGUAUGCGGUCGUUCAGCAUGAACGAUGGGGUGGAAGGGGAUGGGAUGACCGAGUCGCAAUUGGGGACGUUCAAGACGUUCCAAACUUUUGCAUCGAAUUUUAGUGCUUGCAGUAAUAUGAGCUUCAAGAAGCUGUUAAACAACUUUCGGGCGGAUUCGCAAGUUCAGAAGGAUAUGCUGGCCAUUUUGGCAGCGCUAACAGAGGUCAUCAAGGAAAAGGGAGGAUCUCAAAGCAGUACGGAAUAUUUCCUUGCUCUGAUGGAAACGGUCGAUGCGACCAAGGAAGAAAACGAUACGGUUGCGGCCGUAACUCUUCUCUCGAUGGGAAUAAAGUCGGUCCCGGAGGCGGUAUUGAGGAAGAAGUUCUCUGAAACGGGUCAAACUUUGUUGAAUCUUUUGGAGCGUUACGCAGAUUCCGACAACCAGAAUGUCGUUCGAAGCAUCAUUGGAUGUUUGUCGGUUCUGCUGCGAGCGCAGGAAUAUUCCCAAUGGAAGCUUUCGUCGACUUUGAAGUUCUUCGAUUCUAUUUUGGCAUUUGUGAUUCACACGAAACCGAAGGUCAGAAAGGCUGCUCAGCAUGCAGUGGUUGCCAUUGUUCAUGGAAGUUGCUUCAUGCUUCCACCGAAGAUUGAAACCAAGGAAGGUGACCAGGAUGAUAAGAUGGAGGAUGGUGAGCCUCCGAAGCCGUUGGUCAAAUGUCAUCCGGUGGGAAGUCGAGUAGCCAAAUUCUGCGUGGGACAGUUUAAGUCAGAAAACAUAGGAAACAAUCAAACGCUGGUGUUGCAUACACUGGGCUUGCUUCACAAUGCUUUGCCAGGAUUUUCCAAGGAUGAUAUCAAGCUGGUUGCGGAAAGUUUGCUUUCGAUAAUGACGGCAACGAACGUUUUGAUCAGAACCAACUGCUUCCAGACGUUCCAUUCGCUGUUCUCGUCCAAGACGGAAAAUCUGACACCCGUGUUGGCCGGUAAGCUGAUCGCUGCUCUGUAUGAUUAUCGACCAGACAGGUCGGAUUCCAAGCAGACCAUUGCCUGGCUAACGGUCCUGAAAGAAGGACAUCUAUUCUUGGCCAAAUUCAAUCUGACAAUGUGCAGCAGUGCCCUUCCCAGAUUCGUGGAAAUUUGCACUCAAGAUUUCUGGGGAUCGGACAAGAUGGAAGUAGUUUCAUCGGCUUCCAAUGCCCUGAAGGAUAUCCUGUACGAAUGCGUUCAACCAUGCUGCGAAGACGACGAAGUCGAAAAGCAUCGUGUUCCGAUCGAAAAAGUAUUGAAAUCCAUUACGGAAGUGCUAACGUCUUCUCCGUUUGGUCACGCUUCAAACCAGGUUCUGAUUAUCCUGGCCAUAGCUUUCGACAUUACCGGCCGUCACUUCGGGGACGUACUGGCUCCUGCUCUCAAAACACUCGGAAAUCGAUACGAUCCACAAUCGUCCACCCGAAUCCAGAUUGAACACGCUGUUCUUCAGGCGGUCGGUUCCAUGGAUACAGGACUGGUUUUGGAAUGUAUUCCUCUGGCGGAUGCAUCUGGCAAAAUCGAUCUGGACCGAACUUGGGUCCUCCCACUACUUCGGGAAGGCCUCAACCAAUCCCGGCUGGAGAUCUUCAAUAAUGUCAUCCUGAAGCUAGCCUACCAGUGUUACGUUCUGUGGAACAAAUUCAAAGAAUCCGACAAUAAACAACAGGCUCACAUCUUCGAACUGCUCUGCUGCCAAUUGUGGGGUCUUUUCCCCGGCUUCUGUCGCCGCCCGAAGGACAUUCAAAAUUUCCGCCUGAUCGCCAAAACGCUCGGAACCGUCCUCAACGAAAACCCCGAUCUGCGGUCACCGAUUCUGGACGGUCUCAAGGAGCUGAUCCCCCACUUGGAAACCGACGCGGAGAAAGCAGAAAUCGGAAAAUAUUCGAAAAACUUCCUUCCUCGACUGUUCAACAUCUACACCACCAAACCGAAAGGAAGCUUCGAGAACGAAGUCCGCCAAGCGGCGUUCGAUACGAUCAAAGCCUUCCUGUCCGUAACUCCUCGCCCAGUUUUGGAAGAGAUGCACACCGUAGCGCUGAACGAACUGACCACCAAAGCACCGGGAACCUUCAUCUACGAUAUGCUGUUCGAUGUGGUCGAACAACUUUCCCUGUACCAGUCGGGAGAAAAGUUGGAUGACAUCUACCAGCGGUACAUUAGCGUUAUCCUGAAGCGGGACAAAUCGCAGGAGACGGUGGCCAAAACCAAUGCCAACGUGCGGCGACAGAUGAAGAAGGCCUUCAAGCUGCUGAAGGAGGUCCUGGCCUCGGAUAAUGCGGGCUGCUUGGAGUUUGUCGAGGCAAAGCGGAUCAACAUCGAGAAGCUGCUGCUCGGAACGCUGCACGCGACGUUCGAUGGCAUUCAGGCACCGCGGUUGGCAUGUCUAAAACUGCUCAUCGAAAAGAAUCCGGGAAUCAAACUCACCAACAAAAUCAUCACUCGCACCGUCCCGGAGGCAGUCGCGUCCUACUCGGUGGAAUCGGUCAAGCACGAAAACCUGUCCAACGAUUUGAUCGAGCUGAUUGGUAACAUGUUCAAUAACGAAGGCAAAAUCAAGAACUUUGAAAACCUGAUCAUCGCCGGUUUGGUCGGCGACACCACCCUGGUCACCAACACCAUCUGGGUGCUGAAGAACGUUUUGCAACUAUUCACCGGCGCUCUGACGGUGGAUUCAUUGCGAUUCAUGCUGGAACAGAUUCUGACCAUCAUGGUGGGGAACAAUCGCUCCGAAGUGGACGCCGCCAUCAACUUCCUGCUGUUGUACAUCAAGAUCCUGCCGGUCCCUCUGGUCACCAGCGAUCUGCCGUUGAUAACCAAAGCCCUCUCGCAGAUGGUUCCGGACACGAAGCGUCACUGCCGGCUGCUGGUGGGAUACACCCUGAAGCGGCUGUGCAAGCGAUUCGGCCCGGAGGAAAUCGUCAAACUGGUUCCGGGAAAUGAUGAAGUCACCCACAAGCGGCUGAAGAAGAUUCGCAAGGAACUGGCCAGGGCUAAGCGGAACAAGUUGGACGAGCAGAAGAAGAAAAAUAAGAGUGGCCACCGGGACAGUGAUGAGGAUGACGACGAUGCCGACCUGGCGGGACAUUUGGAGAAGAAGAGUCUGACGAUCGACGACAUCCUAGAGGAUUCGGAAUCCGAUUCCGACUCCGGUGUGGAGGACGAUAAGAGGGCCAAGAAGAAGAUGAAUACCUACAUUAAGGAGUCGCCGGAGAACAUCGUCGAUUUGGCGGAUUUGGAUGCGAUCAGUAAAAUUACCACAUCCCAACCGAUGGACCAAUCGGAGGCGGGCACUUCGCAGCCCAGGAAAAAGAAGGAUGCCAACCGAGGAUUUGCGACGGCUUCGGACGGUCGGUUGAUCAUCGAGGACAUCGAGGAUUAUUCCGAUUCCGAUGAGGAUCCGGAUGAGAACGUUGGCUUUAAGGACAAGGCCAAGAAGCGGGUUUACGAUGAGGAGGAAAGCGACAGCGAUGGCGACGAGGGAGCUGAGGCAGAGGCCGACGGGGCGUCAUCCCGUAAGCGAAAGGCGAUGGAAGCGAUGAGUAUGCGCUCGGGAAUGAGUGCCAGCAGCGGUCGGUAUGUGGCCGGUGGAAAAGGUAUCCAUCGACCGGUGGCAGCAUCGGUUAAGUCCGGCUACAGUAGCAAGUCGACCAAGUCAAACAAGAGCGCCAAGACGUACGUUUCGAGCGGUACCGAGUACAAGUCCAAGAAGGCCCAGGGAGACAUGCUGAAGAAGGGCAAACACGAACCGUAUGCCUAUGUGCCUCUGAGCAGAAAUUCGCUGAAUAGGAGAAAACGAGCCAAGAACGCCGGUCAGUUCAAGAGCAUUGUGAAGGGCGCCCGGAAGGGGGCUGCAGCCGGAGCAAAGAGCCGUCUUGUAAACAAAGCCGGUUCCAAGCGCAAGUAAGGCUCGGAGGGAAGUUCUUUCUUGAAUCUUGAACUCUCAGUUGAUGCAAGUAACUGAAUUUAUCAUUACUAUACUGUUAUGGAAAUAGGAAACAGUACAUACCGUUAUUAUACUAACAUGCGAGAAGGCGAUUCCGAAUGUAAAUACCUCACUCUUGAAAUAUAAACAGCUGCUAUUACCUAUGAGAAAGUUCUA